AUGGUCGCUCUCCGGUGGUUCAGCGUCCUAGGCUGGGUUCCGGGUAUCAUCACCAUGGUUGGUGCAGGUAUCCUCUUUUGGAUCACUUCCAUUACCAUGCACAAAUACAUUAUGAAACAUCCUCAAAUCAAGGAUAUCUGUGACUUUGGUUACUAUGCCUUCGGCAGAAGUCGAGUCGCCUAUGAAUGGACUGGAUUCAUGUUGCUCGCCAACAACAUUCUCCUCAUUGGCUUCCACGUCCUCACUGGUGCCAAGAUUCUCAAUACUUUAUCGACUCAUUCCCAGUGCACUGUCGUCUUCUCCAUCAUCGUCAUGCUCAUGGGAAUCGUUAUGUCAAUUCCGAGAACCUUGCGUCAUGUCUCUUUCAUGUCGAUGUUCUCAGCUGCCUGCAUGGGAAUUGCAAUCCUACUAUUUCUGAUCUUUGCUGGGAUCGAGCAAAAUCCUGGGUAUUCGUACUAUGGCGAUUACCCUGCCGCAGGGGAGGUCAGAACCUACCCUUUCCCUCUUCCUGGCACCACCUGGGUUAAUUGUCUAAAUGCGGUGCUUAAUAUAACAUUCCUUUGGGUGCCGCAAAUCCUUUUCCCGACUUUCAUCGCCGAGAUGGAAAAGCCAGAAGACUUUCCUAAAUCACUUGCCGUUCUCACGGUCAUUUCUGCCUUCCUAUUCAUCUGUCCUCCGGCAAUUGGGUUCCACUACUUGGGCCAAUAUUCCACUGCCCCAGCUUUCGGGAGUCUGGGUGUCACGGCCUACAAGAAAGGUUCUUUCGCAUUUGUCAUAGUCCCAACUUUGGUUAUCGGCGUGAUUUAUGCCAACGUCACAUCCAAGUACAUCUACUUCCGGAUCAUGGGCAAGUCUCACCACGCCCACAGCAACACUGUCAUCGGAUGGGGUGUUUGGGUCCUGGUCAUGGCCGCUAUCUGGAUCAUCGCAUUAAUUUUCGCCGAAGUCAUCCCCAGCAUGGGGGAUUUCCUCUCUCUCCUUGGAGCUGCGUUCGAUUCAUUCUUCGGCUUCAUCUUCUUUGCAGUGGCGUACUACCACUUGUACAAGGGGAGACUAUUCCACGGUGUAUAUAGGUCCAUUAUGACGGUGAUCCAUGUCUUCGUCAUGAUUGUCGGGCUGUUCCUGCUUGGACCAGGGUUGUAUGCUGCUGUCAAGGCCAUUGUCGCGGACUAUUCGGGGAGCACUACGCCGGCAUUUAGCUGUGCGGAUCUGUCUAUUUAG